AUGUCUUCUCAACUCUUCGAACCAAUCACCAUCGGUCGAUGUCAACUUCAACACCGAGUCGUCAUGGCUCCUAUGACACGCUUCCGCACCGACUCGGAUCAUGUACCCCUACUGAUUGCCAAAGAAUAUUAUAGUCAACGUUGUCAUACUCCCGGUACUCUCCUCAUCAGCGAAGGCACCGCAGUCUCUGAAACGCUUGUCGGUCUACCAAGAUGGGCAGGCUGUUGGAGCGAACCGCAGCUGGACGCAUGGGAACAGAUUACCCAAAAAGUUCACUCGAAAGGCUGCUUCAUCUUCCUACAGCUUUGCUGUGCCGGUAGGACAGCCGACAAAGGAUACCCCAAGCUCUCUUCGGGAGACAUACCCCUUGAUGCUCAUGCAAGUGCUAUCGAGAUUGAAGACGAUGAGACACCGCCAAAGCCAAUGACAGAGGAGGAGAUCCAGCAGGCAAUUAGGGAUCAUUCUGAGGCUGCACGUAAAGCCAUCGAUGUCGGGUUCGACGGUGUAGAGCUUCACGCAGCCAAUGGUUACCUCAUCGACCAGUUUAUACAAGAAUCUUGCAACAAUCGCAAAGACCGCUGGGGUGGCUCGGUGGAAAAUCGCUCACGCUUUGCUCUGGAAGUCGCAGCCGCUGUUGUGAAAGCUGUUGGUGGCAAUCGAGUUGGCUUUCGCAUCAGCCCAUGGAGCACCUAUCACUCCAUUACGCCCGUCAACCCAGAAGCUCAAUUCUCGCACUUGGUUACCAGGUUGCAGAAAUUCGACCUGGCCUACCUUCACGUCAUUACCUCAAAGGUGGACAACUGGUAUGACGUGGACCGUGAGAAGCCUUUGGAUCUCGUCUUCAACAGCUGGACAAAGGAUACCCCUGUCAUCAUCACUGGUGGGUUCAAUGCGGAAUCGGCGAGAGCUGCGAUUGAGGAGGAGUACAAAGAUUUCAGGGUGGCUGUUGGCUUUGGACGAUCGUUUGCUUCGACUCCGGAUUUGGUGGAAUGCUUCAAGAAGGGUAUCGAGCCAAAUGCCUUUGAUGGCACUUUAGCUUACACUCCUGAGACGCCGAGAGGGUACAUUGAUUAUCCGUUCUUGACAAGCUAG